AAACAAUAACAAAUAAAGGCAAAAAUGAAAUGGAAGACGGGACGCAUUUAGUUGAUGUACACAGCAGUAAGAUUUUAGGCAGGAAAAUAAGAUAGUGGGACCCAUUAGCGGCAUAUUUCAUUUGACCAAUCCAUUCUCUCUGAUGAAAUUCCCCAACCAGGGUUAGAUUCCAAGUUAGAUGCCACCACAGCACAUCACACGUGUGGGGGGCAAGAGAUUAGUCAGGGGCAUGGCAGGGAGUGAGUGUUGGUCCCUCUCUCUGUGUCUGUUGGGUAUGUUCCUCUGUUUCAUCUCAUAUAAGAGAAAGCAAACGCGCAACAUAGCUAAAGAGAAUUUGCAGAGCCUUCGGAUUUAGCAUUAUUCUUCUUAUUUUAUUUUUAUUUUAUCGUACGACCCACUCUCAUAUUAUAAACACAAUCUUCCAUUCCUUCUUCCUCUAUCUCAACCAAACAAUGCGUGGCAGUUUAGAACCGUUGGAUUUAGGGAUUCAGAUUCCCUACCACUUCAGGUGCCCAAUCUCGCUUGAGCUAAUGCGAGAUCCUGUCACGGUUUCCACUGGUCAAACCUACGACCGAGGCAGCAUAGAGUCAUGGGUGAGCACCGGAAACACCACGUGCCCUGUCACACGUGCCAAUCUCACCGAUUUCACUUUUAUUCCAAAUCAUACCCUUCGCCGUUUAAUCCAAGAUUGGUGCGUCGCCAACCGCGCGUUUGGCGUCGAACGUAUUCCAACUCCCAAACAGCCCGCGGACUCUUCACUUGUUCGAUCUUUGCUUAACCAAUCUUGUUCCCAUUCUGCCCCUACUCAACUACGCCUUAACUCGCUCCGUCGACUCAGAUCACUCGCUCGUGACUCGGAAUAUAACCGCUCUCUCAUUGCUUCUCACAACGUUUGUCACAUCCUAUUACCUAUUGUUUUCGACCAUAUCGCUUCCGACGAGUUGAAACAUGAGUCACUCGCUUUGCUUGUACUCUUCCCACUCAGUGAGUCAGAAUGCACUUCACUCGCCUCCGAUUCAGAUAAGAUUAACUACCUCACACGUCUUCUCUCGCACUCUUCGUUUGAUGUCCGAGUCAACUCGGCCGCCCUCAUUGAGUUCGUUGUUGCCGGGACACAUUCGCCGGAGAUCCGUGCGCAGGUGAGCAAUGUCGACGGGAUCUACGACGGUGUCGUGGAGAUACUAAAGAACCCGAUCUCGUACCCGCGCGCGCUUAAGGUUGGGAUCAAGGCCUUGUUCGCUCUCUGCCUAGUGAAGCAGACGCGCCACCGUGCGGUGGCUGCCGGUGCGCCUGUUGUACUUGUUGAUCGGCUUGCCGAUUUCGAGAAGUGCGACGCGGAGAGAGCGCUGGCGACGGUGGAGUUGCUUUGUCGGGUUCCGGCUGGAAUUACGGCGUUCGCCGGCCACGCGCUCACAGUGCCGAUGCUUGUGAAGAUAAUACUUAAGAUUUCGGAUAGAGCGACGGAGUACGCCGCCGGAGCGCUUUUGGCGCUGUGUUCGGAAUCGGAACGAUGUCAACGUGAGGCGGUUGCGGCGGGGGUGCUGACUCAGCUUUUGCUUCUGGUACAAAGCGAUUGCACAGAAAGAGCGAAGAGGAAAGCGCAACUGUUGCUGAAGCUUCUUCGGGAUUCGUGGCCUCAAGACUCCAUCGGAAAUUCUGACGAUUUUGCAUGCAGCCAAGUUGUUGUGGUGCCGUUUUGACUCUUUUUUUUCAUUAUUGUAAUUGUAAUCUCUCAAAUUUGUAAUUCUUAGUGGAAAAAAUAUUUUAGAUUUGAAUACAAAAUAGAAAAAAAAAAUGGACAUAGAUUGUGAAGUUGGAGCUUAGAAUCUUUUAUUUAGACUGGUAAAUAGAACUGAAAUUCUGUAUUUUAUUAAUUUUUCUUCUCUUUGUAUCUAAGAAUUCUUAUUGUGAAGAACAUGAACAAAAUGCUUCAUUAGAGUUUACUAGUAUAAUUUUGUCCCAUAGAAAAUGAUGAGUUUUAUUUU